GCUCUGCCGCCGCCUGCCUCUGAGGGUUCCCAGCACCAUGAGGUCCUGGAUCUUCUUCCUCCUUUGCCUGGCUGGGAGGGCCUUGGCAGCCCCUCAGCAGCAGCAGGAAGCCCUGCCUGAUGAGACAGAGGUGGUGGAGGAAACUGUGGCCGAGGUGGCCGAGAUGCCUGUGGGUGCCAACCCCGUCCAGGUGGAAGUUGGAGAAUUUGAAGACGGCGCUGAGGAGACCGUAGAGGACGUGGUGGCUGAAAACCCCUGCCAGAGCCACCACUGCAAACACGGCAAGGUGUGCGAGCUGGAUGAGAACAAUACCCCCAUGUGCGUGUGCCAGGACCCCACUACCUGCCCGGCCCCGGUCGGCGAGUUUGAGAAGGUGUGCAGCAAUGACAACAAGACCUUCGACUCUUCCUGCCACUUCUUUGCCACCAAAUGCACCCUGGAGGGCACCAAGAAGGGCCACAAACUCCACCUGGACUACAUUGGGCCUUGCAAAUACAUCCCCCCCUGCCUGGACUCCGAACUGACUGAAUUCCCCCUGCGCAUGCGGGACUGGCUCAAGAAUGUGCUGGUGACCCUGUAUGAAAGGGAUGAGGACAACAACCUGUUGACUGAAAAGCAGAAGCUGAAAGUGAAGAAGAUCCAUGAGAACGAGAAGCGCUUGGAGGCCGGAGACCACCCCGUGGAGCUGCUGGCGCGGGACUUCGAGAAGAACUACAACAUGUACAUCUUCCCCGUGCACUGGCAGUUCAGCCAGCUGGACCAGCAUCCCAUCGAUGGGUACCUGUCCCACACCGAGCUGGCUCCCCUGCGGGCCCCCCUCAUCCCCAUGGAGCACUGCACCACCCGCUUUUUUGAGACCUGUGACCUGGACAAUGACAAGUACAUCGCCCUGGAGGAGUGGGCCGGCUGCUUUGGCAUCAAAGAGCAGGAUAUCGACAAAGAUCUUGUGAUCUAAACCCAGCCUCCUCCCGCACAACCGGAUUCUCUCUCUUUGACCUGUCCCUUCCUGUUCCCCCCGCCCCCAAAGUUUAAAAUGUUUGGAUGGUUUGUCGUUCCGCCUGGGGAUAAGGUGCUAACAUAGAUUUAUAUGAAUACAUUAACGGUGCUAAACAUGGAAAUCGUAGCCCAAGCCUUGACACUCACUUGUAACUCGACUGAGGAGCCCUUUGGCUCACCCAUUAACAGUCCUGCCACUUUUUUCUUGCCAUUUGCAGCACUGGCCAGGGGCUUCCUGGCUGUGGCGACAUUCACCAACUCUAGCCUGCCUCACACACUGCAUCCUCAGAUCUUUUCUGUUGCUCUGCUUGAAGCUAGUAUUCACCCAGUCGGACUUGGCAUUGACUUUAGUUCAUAGGGUUUGGGGUGCGUGGGGUCUUCCCAGGUGGCUGCAGGGGGCUAAAGAGAAGUAACAGACAAGAUGUCGGCAAGAGUGUUUUGGGGGCUAGAGGAUCAGUGGUAAGGGAGAUCCCCGUGGAACCUGCCAAGCAGACCCAGAGAGAGCAGGGCUUGUCUGCGCAGGCUUGGCCGAGAGAGACGCAGGCGCCCACGUACGCCCCGCUCUUCAGCGUCACCUCCCGCGCUCGUCAGGCUGUUCAUUUAAACUUUUGGGAGCCGUGGCCGUGAGUUCUCUGCAGGGUAGAUGAGCACGUCCCACAGGGUUUCUUCCCUCCUCCCUCCUUUGGAGACUUCAGGCUUCUUCUCAGGGGCUCCGCGGGCUGGGAGACUGUUGGAGGCACACAGGCCAAUCCAGAGUGAGGCGUAGAAAGGUGUAAGGAAGAGAAAGUGGAGCUGGUGAAUUGGUUGUAUCUUUCCUUUCAUAUUUAGGCUGUCAUACGUGUUCUAGCAUGUUCCUGCUUUUCUUUCCCCCUUCCAUCUCCUAUCAAUCAGAGAAACUUCAGAGUCAUUGGGAUGGUCGGAUCUCACAGGCUGAGAACUUGUUCACCUCCAAGCAUUUCAUGAAAAAGCUGCUUCUUAUCAGGCAAACUCUCUCCAAGAUGUGAAGAGUUUGACAAAUCUUUCAAAAUAAAAAGUAACGACUUAGAAACUGCC